AAUUAACCAACAAAAUUAUCAACUCUAAACUUUAGACUUCAGCUGAUGUACACUCAAGCAGCCACUUUAACUUCAUCUAAGUUCCAAGGAUAACCUUAUCCCAAAAUCUCAAACCCUUGCACCCCCCAACAAAAUUUCUUAACACUCCAUCACUACCCUAAUUCAAAUCAUGAACAAAUAAUGAAAUGAAUAAUUGGAGUUAUUUCAGCACAAGCUAGAGCUCCCAAUGACAUUUUGCAUCAUCUCUAACCACCAAAUCUUUAUGAAUAACCUAUCACCAUUUCAUCAUCACAAUCCCUUUUCUCUUCACAACCCAAAAACUCAAAUGCUACCCAAAAGCCUUUCACCCAUUUCAAUUUCACUUCCAAUACAAGACACUCAUUUUUUCCCUCCUUCUUCUAUUCAAUUUUCAUCCCCAAAAUUUUCUCCAUCUUUUCACCCUUUUGAUGUGUUGAGUAAAGAAAGAACUUUGAAUUCUGUUAAGGAAUUACAUACCCAGAUGAUAAAAAUGCCUAAAAAUGGAAACUUUACUACAAUGGAUGGAAGCAUGGUGAGAUACUAUUUGGAAUUUGGUGAUUUUGUGUCAGCAAUUAAGGUUUUCUUUGUGGGUUUUGCAAGAAAUUAUGUUCUAUGGAACUCUUUUUUGGCGGAAUUUGAAACUUUUGGAGGUGACCCGUUUGAGAUUAUAGUUGUGUUCAAUGAAUUGUGUAGUAAAGGAGUUGAAUUUGAUAGUAAAGCUCUCACUUUUGUUUUGAAAAUUUGUUUAUCUUUAAGGGAUUUGUGGGUUGGUUUGGAAAUUCAUGCUUGUUUGAUUAAAAAAGGUUUUCAUUUUGAUGUACAUUUGAGUUGUGCUUUGAUUAAUUUCUAUGAAAAGUGUUGGAGUAUAGAUAAGGCAAAUCAAGUGUUUCAUGAGACUUUAUAUCAAGAAGAUUUCUUGUGGAAUACGAUAGUUAUGGCAAAUUUGAGGAGUGAGAGGUGGGAGAAGGCCUUAGAACUUUUCUGUAGAAUGCAGAGAGCUUCUGCAAAAAUUACUAUUGGCACCAUUGUGAAGAUGUUGCAAGCAUGUGGAAAAUUAAGAGCUAUCAAUGAAGGGAAACAGAUUCAUGGGUAUGCUUUAAGAUUUGGACUACUUUCGAAUACUUUAGUUUGCAAUUCCAUAAUUAGUAUGUACUCUAGAAAUAGUAGACACAAACAAGCUAGAUCGGUUUUUGAUUCGAUGGAGGACCGUAACUUAUCGUCUUGGAAUUCGAUAAUUUCGAGUUACGCGGUUGAUGGUUGUUCGAACUAUGCAUUGGAUAAUAUCGUUAAAGAAAUGGAGAGUUCCAAUAUUAAACCAGACAUUAUAACAUGGAAUUCCGUUUUGUCGGGUUAUCUUCUUCGAGGAUCAUUUGAAAUGGUUCUAACUAGUUUCCGGAGUUUGCGUAGUGCAGGCUUCAAGCCAGAUUCGUGCUCGGUAACUAGUGCUCUACAAGCAAUUAUUGAAUUGGGUUUGUUUAAAUUAGGGAAAGAAAUCCAUGGUUACAUAAUGAGAAGUAAUCUUAACUAUGAUGUCUAUGUCUGUACUUCAUUGGUUGAUAUGUAUGUUAAGAAUGAUUGCUUAGAUAAGGCUAAGGCAGUGUUCAAUCAUGCAAAGAACAAAAACAAUUACGCUUGGAAUUCGUUGAUAUCGGGUUACUCCUUCAAGGGCAUGUUUGGUGAUGCUACAAAACUAUUGAGCCAGAUGGUGGAGGAAGGGACAACACCUGAUUUGGUGACAUGGAAUGGUUUGGUUUCAGGUUAUUCAAUGCGUGGCCAUAUCGAGGAAGCUUCGGCCAUUAUUGCCCGUAUCAAGAGUUCUGGAAUUACUCCUAAUGUGGUGUCUUGGACUGCUUUGAUAUCAGGUUGUUCUCAAAAUGAGAAGUACAUUGAUGCCCUAAAGAUUUUCAGCCAAAUGCAAGAAGAAAAUGUGAAACCUAACUCUACUACUGUUUGCAGCUUACUAUGUGCAUGUGCGGGCUCGUCGCUUUUGAAGAAAGGUGAAGAGAUACAUUGCUUUAGUAUGAAACUAGGGUUUGUGGAUGAUAUAUACAUUGCAACAGCACUCAUUGACAUGUAUUGUAAAGCAGGAAAAUUAAAAGUAGCUCAUAACGUUUUCAACAAAAUUCAACAGAAAACACUUCCAUGUUGGAAUUGCAUGAUGAUGGGAUAUGCCAUUCAUGGCUAUGGAGAAGAGGUAACGAUUCUUUAUGAGAAGAUGUGUGAAAAGUGUAUUAGACCUGAUGCUAUUACCUUCACAGCUCUUCUAUCCGGCUGCAAGAAUUCGGGUUUAGUCGAGGAAGGAUGGAAGUACUUUGACAGUAUGCAGGAAGAUUACAAUAUCGUUCCAACAAUUGAGCAUUACUGUUGCAUGGUUGACCUUCUUGGGAAGUUUGGUUUUCUUGAUGAAGCUUGGGAUUUCAUCAAAACUAUGCGGAUUAAGCCGGAUGCAAGUAUUUGGGGUGCUCUUCUUGCAUCCUGCAGAAUUCACAAAAAUAUUCAGCUAGCUGAGAUUGCGGCAAGGAUGCUUUUCAAGAUGGAACCAUAUAAUUCUGCUAAUUAUGUGUUGAUGAUGAAUUUGUAUUCGAGUUUAAACCGAUGGGAUGAUGUCGAGCGACUUCAGCGCUUGAUGACUGGCUUGGAGAUGAAAAGUCCACCUGUUUGGAGCUGGACACAAGUUAAUCAGACUAUUCAUGUGUUUUCUACGGAAGGGAAGCCGCAUACAGAAGAAGGGAGAAUAUAUUUCGAGUUAUAUCAAUUAAUUUCCGAAAUACGAAAGCUGGGAUAUGUACCUGAUCUCAAUUGUGUAUGUCAGAACAUUGAUGACAAUGAGAAAGAGAAGGUUCUUAUGAGUCACACUGAGAAGUUGGCAAUGGCAUAUGGAGUGAUGAAAGUAAAAGGUGGAUCACCAAUUAGGAUUGUUAAGAACACAAGAAUUUGUCAUGACUGUCAUAUGGUAGCAAAGUACAUUUCUUUGGCUCGAAAACGCGAGAUUUUCGUUAGAGAUGGUGGCCGUUUUCACCAUUUUAAAAAUGGAACCUGUGCUUGUAAUGAUCGAUGGUAAUGAGAGACGCAGGAAAAAACUUGGAACGUUUCUUUUUUCCCUAUUAUGCUCUUGUUGAGGAUGAACUUUGACGCAGUGGUAAGGUCGAUAUCUUGUGACAGGAAAGUUAUGGAUUCAAAUCUUGAAAGCGACCUCUCUUAUUGAGUUCGAGAAGAGUGAUCCAAUACACGAUACUCCUACUUGAUGGAAUCUGGGAGAGAACAUGCACAACAAAUCUUCAAAUCUUGGUGCAUUGGUAAAGUUGCGUAUGUUAGUCUCCCUCUCCAGAAUCCAUUUGGUAGGUGCCUCGUGCCUUGAACCACGAUUUUUGUUAUGCUCUUGUUUUGUCAACCGAAGGAGUGUGUUGAUGAAGAGAACAAAAUACUAAAUCAAGGAAUGACUAUGUUACAUUGAAAUACACUUCUGCUUAAAUUGCAAUCUUCACCUUAUGUAGUUCACUUAAAUUGCAAUCUGCAAGUCAUAGAAUGAAAAAGUUGGAACAGAUGCAUCAUUUGUUGGGGAUCAGCAUGGUCACCAUCAACAUGAAGAAAGAUACAAUGCAAGUUAAAUUACCAACUGUUGAGAUAUACUUGAAAUUAUGUUAUAGAUUUAGUCAUUUAGAUUUGAUGCUGAUCUUAAUUCCCAAUCAAGGGAUUUGAUUGUACAUAUUGAUUAGUUUAAAUAAACACAUUGAGAGUUGUUCUCUCAAGUCAUUCAAAUCAAUUCAGGUCCCUUUUCAAGUUA